GAAGGAAGCGCCCCGGAAGAAAGAGGGUUCGUUUGGCAAUAGAUAUACCUCCUGAGCUACUAAAACGACCCCAAGAGAAGAUUGAGUAUCACUGCUCGGUUUGUGGCAAAGAAUUUCCUCACGCUUACAAACUAGAACGACACGAGCUGAUCCAUACAGGGGAGAAACCAUACUGCUGCUCUGUCUGUGGUCGGAGUUUUAACCAGAAGGGAAAUCUAAAAACACACUACAAAGUCCACCUUGGUGGAAAGGGUGCUGUAGAUUAUGAUGAUGAGAUGAAUCCGUCUGCCUUGGAGCUUUCAGAGUACUUGAGGUCUCUGCCGGGAGAAUCCAAGGUCCGAUUAUCUAUCCGCUGCCUGGAAUGUGGAAAAGACUGUGAGAGUCAGUCAGCUUUACAAGCGCACCUCAAAACUACACACAGCAAGACAAUCCCUGAAUCAGUCGAUCAAACCACGUCACAGUUUUUCUUCUGCCGCUGGUGCAGGGUUCAAUUCGAUGAUAGUAAAAAAAUGGAAGAACACAUGAAAACUCACGUCAAGGAGAAACCCUUCUCGUGUCCUGACUGUGGCAAGAGGUUCAUCAAUGAAAGUUAUAUCCAAAUCCAUCAGCGCAUCCAUACAGGGGAGAAACCAUUCCUCUGCUCCCAGUGUGGCAAAGGUUUUCACAUAGCUUCUUCUCUCAAACUCCAUGAAAUGCAGCAUUCUGGAGAGAGACCGUUUGAAUGUUUGAUUUGUGGCAAGGCAUUUCAGAUUAACUCCUAUCUAAACGCACAUUAUCAAACUCACAUUAAGAGCAGGCCUUUUAUUUGUAAUGUCUGUGGAAAAGGCUACUCCAGAGCUGAAGAACUGAAGGUUCACCAAAGGCUUCACACUGGAGAGAGACCUUAUGAGUGCAGAGAUUGCGGAAAGAGUUUUAUUUACCGCCAGGGGUUGCGACAGCAUCUGCGCACACAUGCUGGAAGACGCAUCGGGCCAACUAGACAGCUCGGCAGACCCAAACAACAGGCCAAGCCGGACAUUUAA